AUGAAGAGAACCAUCCAAUCGAUCAGAAUCACAAGAAACACCAUCAACACAUUCUCAUCUCAAACAACCACAAACAUCAACCAACAGCAACAACAACAACAACAACCAAAACAACAACAACCAAAACAACAGCAGCAGCAGCAGAAUCACCAUCAACAACCACCUCAUUACCAGCAGCAACAGCAGUACUACCAGCAGCAACAGCAGUAUUACCAGCAGCAACAGCCUUACCAGCAAAAUUACCAACACCAGCAGAAUUAUCAACAACAGCAAUAUUAUCAACAACAGCAAAAUUACCAACAACAGCAGCCUUACUACCAGCAGCAGCAGCAGCAACAGCAGCAGCAGCAGCAACAGCAGUAUUACCAGCAGCAGCAACAUCAACAUGGCGAACCGUCUUUCCGAAGGCCAUCUACGAACAGAUUCCCAGAACCCCCCAAAACAAACAAGUUCGAAAACUCUAACGUAAACACAAACAAUCAACCAAACACUAAUAAUCAUCAGUUACUCAAGAAACGAAAGGAUGAAGAAAAAAAACUCAGGAGGAUCGGCGUGUUGCCCUCGCAUAUCAAACCAAAACCGAAAUCAAACGAAAUCAUCAUCAGCAAAUUGGCGCAAGAAAAAAAACAACGAAAAUUGUUGCUCGAAAGUUCUAAAAAUCAUAACAUUAACACUACUAAAAAUAAUUUAACUUCCAAACGUGAACUAGCUAUUCCUUCGGCUAUCACUGUGGCUCAAUUGGCCCAACUAACACACCAAAAACUAUAUAGACUGCAAUCGUUAAUGCAAUCGGCAGGACUCUUAGAUACGCGACCUGACCGAAUCCUGAGCACGGAUGACACGGCGUAUCUAGUGCUAGAGUCGGGCUACGAGCCGAUCGUGAACGACACGCUAGCCUAUGACAUUUAUCCGGACGGACCCAGUGUGGACCGAUCUAGACUAGUCCUGCGGCCGCCAGUGGUGUGCAUCAUGGGCCAUGUGGACCACGGGAAGACAACGCUGCUGGAUGCGUUGCGCAAGUCGGCGGUGGCGGCCUCGGAGGCCGGAGGGAUCACCCAACACAUCGGCGCCUUCGAGGUCUCGUUGAAAGAUCUCAUGGCCGCCGGAUCCGCAAAUGCUGACGCUGAUCCUGCUGGAGAAGGUCCCCAGACGAUCACUUUUUUGGAUACCCCCGGACAUGCCGCCUUCAGUGCGAUGCGUAGUCGAGGCGCAAUGACCACUGAUGUCGCCGUCUUGGUCGUCGCGGCGGAUGACGGGGUGAAGCCGCAGACGAAGGAGGUCAUCGAGUUGGUCCGGCAGACUGAUAUCGGCGUGGUGGUGGCGAUCACCAAGUGCGACAAGCCAGGGAUCGACCUACAUCGGACCCGUGCGGGGAUCUAUGAUGCGGGGAUCGAGGUGGAGGGUCUGGGAGGGGAAGUGCCUUGUGUCGAGGUCUCGGCGGUAUCCGGGAAAGGUCUUGCCGAGAUUGCGGAGACGAUUCUAGCGGUCGCCGAGGUCCGGGAUCUUCGUGCGGAAGAGGAGGGGGUGCGGUUCGAAGGGCGGGUGAUCGAGUCGGAUGUCGAGCGUGGCCACGGGAACAUGGCCUCGGUGAUCACCCUGAGAGGCCGACUCGAGGUCGGCCUGGACAUCAUCGCCGGCCGCUCGUACGGUCGGGUCCGUCAACUGAUCACGGUCUCCGGCGAGCCGGUGUCCGAGGUCUCGCCCGGCCGACCGGUGCGGGUGACCGGAUGGAAGAGUUUGCCCGAGGCCGGGAGUCUGGUGCUUGGAGUCGAGUCGGAGGAACAGGCCAAGCGUGCAUGCGAGAACCGGGUGCGACGGUUCGAGGAGCUGGGCCUGGCGGAGCAAAUCGAGCUGGUCAACGAACGACGGGCACAAGCACGGGAAGCCUUCGAGACGGGCAAAGCCGAACUAGAGGGCAUGACCCGACGAGAGCGAGUGGCCCAUCUGCGGGAACGCAACCAACAGGCCUCGGCACAGGCCAAGAUUGACUCGCGGAACGAGGAAGACUCUCCCGACUGUCUCAAGCUGGUGCUGAAGGCGGACUACACGGGGACCGUCGAGGCGGUCCGGACGGCCAUCGAGAGUCUUGGUAACCAUCAGGUCAAAGUCAAGAUCGUCAGCUCCGGGGUCGGCAAUAUCUCGGAAAGCGACGCCAGGAUGGCGAUCGCUUCGGGCGCUCAACUCGUCGGCUUCAACGUCAAGAUCGACCCGAUGGCGUUCAGCCCGAUCGAAUCGCACAAAGUCAAAUACACGAUCGAAUCCGUGAUUUAUCGACUGGUCGAUUCGGUCACUCAAGAUCUCGUCAAACUGCUUCCCAAACGUUACAAGGAACGCGUCAUCGGCGAGGCUAAAAUCCUCCAGAUCUUCGAAAUCAAUUCGUCCUCCUCCUCGUCUUCUAAAAUCAAAUCUAAGGUCGCGGGUUGUAAAGUCUCAAAUGGGGAAAUCAAGAAAUCUUGCUCGAUUAAAAUCCUUCGCAAUAAGGAAAUCAUUUGGAAAGGCCAAAUCAAAGAUUUAAAGCAAGGAAAGAAAGAGACGAGCCAGAUAGCGAAGGGGCAAGAGUUUGGGAUAUCCUUCAAAGAGUCCGACCAUCCCGUCCCAUCCACGACCAACAACGUCUCAGAACCGGCCUCGAACAGCAACAGCAAUAAUGGCAAAAACGAAGAAGGAAGUGGCGGUAAUGUUCAGGGGAUCAGUGGCCAGACGUUCGAUCGGUUCGACGUCAACGACGAGAUCCUGGCGAUCGAGGACGUGCUUCUCGAACGCACCUUGAACGACGGCUUGUGAUCCUUCUUCUUGGUCUCCUCUCCCACCCAUUCGCCGGUUCAUUCCCCCCCUCAUCCCCACACAUAGAAAUCUCCGCUUUUUCCAUUUCUUCUUCUUGUUUCUUUCUCGGGGUGGGUUGGAUCUGGGUUGACGUUUAAUUCACUUUGGGUGCUUUCAUACUUCGAUCUUUCUCUUUCUCGAUCCUUGUCAACUCACUUUUCUCUAGAUGUAGACCUCUCCUCCAUUAGACACAUCGUAUACCCCCCAAAAACACUAUAAUCCCCAUUCAAACUGUUUA